AAGCGUCGGUGGUGGUGCCAGUAAAGCAGUAUCAUACAAUUUCAACCAAACAGGAAGAGGAGCAGAGCCGACGCCACCGCACAGGCGAGAAACCUCGCAGGGAGCUGCUGCGGAGCAGCGGAGCGGAGUGUAGAUCUUAUUUAACCAUCAGUGUCUAAGAGAAUGUCAGCGCGGUAGGGUGUGCCGAGCUUCGUCGUCCUUCCAUAGUACAUGUGUCUGUCGCUAAGUGGUGGUGAAAAGAAGCGGUAAUCACUCACGCAUUUGAUAGCAUCAGAUUCUCGUCCUGUAACCUCCGAAGAAAAAGAAAACAUGGGCUUCUCAGAGGCGAUAGUGUCAGUGGUCCAGGUGAUAGGAGCUCUGCUUGCCUCCGUCUACUUCGCACUGGAGUGUCUGGUUUUAUCCCUCAUCCCAAGGAGGUUCAGGAGGAAGGACGUCGAGGGCGACAUCGUCCUCAUCACAGGAGGAGGGUCAGGAAUUGGUCGCCUCAUGUGUCUCAAGCUGGCCGCCAGGGGCGCUAAGAUCGUCACGUGGGAUGUCAACUCUGCUGGAAACGACGAGACUGUGAAAGCAGUCAAAGCUAAUGGAGGGGAGUGUGUUGCAUACACAGUUGACCUGUGUAACCGGAAUGCCAUCUAUGCAGCUGCUGCUAAAGUCAAAGAGGAAGUGGGCAAGGUUGAUAUUCUGGUCAACAAUGCAGGUAUCGUCUCUGGGAAAAAUUUCCUAGAGGUUCCAGAUCACCAUGUAGAACGCACAUUCAAUGUUAAUGUUUUGAGUCAUUUUUGGACCGUGAAAGCCUUCUUGCCCGAUAUGAUGGCAUCCAACAAAGGGCAUGUGGUAACAGUAGCCUCCUUAGCUGGACUUGCUGGUGUUAACAAAUUAGUUGACUAUUGUGCCUCAAAGUUUGCUGCUGUUGGAUUUGAUGAAUCCCUCAAGUUGGAACUUAUGGUUGGUGGUUACACAGGGGUCAAGACAACUGUCAUCUGCCCAUAUUACAUUAACACUGGCAUGUUUGAUGGAGUUAGAUCCAAGCUAAUUCCAAUCUUGAACCCUGAGUAUGUAGCAUCAGAGGCUGUGGAUGGCAUUCUGCUCAACACACCAGUAGUCAUCCUACCAGGAUUUUGCCGUCUGCUGAUCAUCCUGAAGCUUGUCCUGCCUCUAAAGGGAGGGUACAUGAUGUACAGAGCCUGCGGUGGCCACAUGACCAUGGAUGACUUCAAGGGCCGACCUGUACAGAAUGGGACUCGACUUACAGAAAAACAGGUGCUGGCUGCCCAAACUCCAAAUGUAUAAAAUUUUGAGGAGUGCAGACAAGUGAUGUAUAUAUGGUGUUGCUACUUUUCAAUAGUUUAUAGUCGUAGGACAUUUGAUCACACAAUUGUUGUUGUACAUUUUUUUAUGUAAAACAAAGCUGUAAUUGUCAGGUGUUCUUGUAAAACCAGUAUUCAUGAUGAAAAAUGUAUAUCAGAGAUCUAGAAUUGAUAUAAUGAAAAACUUACAUCAGGUAUCUAGAAUUGAUAUUAACCCCAUUUGAAUAAUGUACGUACUAUAUGGGAAGUAAUCACUGAACAGCUUUUUAGUAGAUAUAUUAAGGCAUGAGAUACUACCAUGUAAUGAGUUUCCCUGCUGAAGUGUACCUGAGUGUUUCUUAGAUUUAAUUGUUCUGUAACUCUGAAUUUCUUACACCACAGUAAUUUAUUUCAAACUACAGAUACUUUGAAUAACUUCAAACUCAUUACAUUCUAUGGCGCUGGGCAAUUUUAUAGCUUAUAUAAAAAAAAUGUUGCUCUAAAAUCUUCAUGUUGAAACAACAAAUCACAUUAUACAUUUUAUUUUAAGCUCUACCACUUCAAAAUUCAUUACGCAGUAAGGAGCUAUUUUUUUUUUCUUUUUAUAAAAUUUACCCUAAAGAGGUGUGGCUCUCAAAUUGCAAGAAGUGUUGAAACAAUAAAUCAAGUCACAUAAUCCAAUUUUUUAAUGAGCAAAAUGAGUAAUUUUGUGAGUUUUUGCAGUUAUACAAACUAUUAUAAGCUACAGCAUAUUAGUAAAUACUUGGUUUUGAUAUUGGUGAAUAUGAUCCAAAUACAGAAUAUAGUGUUUUUGUGCCAUUAAGAGCUUCCUUCACAUACUUGUGAAAUAAUUUUUUAUAAAUUUUUCAUAGCUUUGUAGAUUACAUUAAUGUAUUACAUAUAUUAAUGUAUUACAGUCAAGCUCAAAAAUAAAAUUUUGAGUUAUCUGCAAUCACUGCAUUAGUCUUGUAUUUUAUAAGUAAAUGUAUUAUUUUACCAUGUAAGGCAUUAAAUUUAUAUGUUUA